CCAGGCAGGUUCCGGUCCCACCGGAAGCACGUGGCCCCCCACCCCUCGGCGGUUGCCACGGAGACAGGGCUGUUUACCAGCUGGUCGCAGCCAGGCACAGGAGGCGGAUGGAGCUGAGCUGCGAGGGGUCCUGAGAAGCAAUGGCCACAGAAGCUCCUGUGAACCUCGCACCACCUAAACGCAGCACUGUGGUCGGUACCUCAGCUGACAGCUUCAUCUGGCAGCCCAGCUCCCUCAGGAUGCAUGUCAUCAGGCCCAAGUCUGCCAAGGGCCGGAAGCGGCUGAAUCUGCACAGACCACAAGGCACGGGCGAUGGCUCUUCCAGUGUACGGUCUGCUUCGCCUCCACCAUGCUCCUCUGGGUCACCAAGCAGCCAGAAACCCGGAGCCUGUGCACCCGUCUCUCCACCUCAGGGAGCCCCUGACGAGAUGUCGGAGCUGCUGCCACAGAUGCCCAUGGGGGCCACCUCAUCUCUCAACAAGUACCCAGUCCUCCCUUCCAUCAGCAGGAGGAGCCUGGAGGACCCGGCUGUGGACACAGUGGCCAAAAAGGCCAGUUCUCUGCAGCUGAGUAGUGUCCAGGCCCUUUACCAGGAAGAGGCCUGCACCACUGGAAAGUCAAGCCAAGAAGAUUCCAGAACCCAAGUCUGUGCCUUAGAGAAGAAAUGCAUCAUCCGAACCAAGAGACAGAGUUCCUCUGGGGUCUCAAACAUCGAGGAGCCAACAGACCAAGAGCCAAGGCUGCUGCUGGCCAUCAGGUCACCCUCAGGCCAAAGGUUCGUGCGCUACUUCAGACCCAGCGAUGACCUACAGACAGUCCUCACAGUGGCUGAGCAGAAAAACAAAGCCACCUACCAACACUGCAGCAUCGAAACCAUGGAGGUGCCCAGGAGACGUUUCUCUGACCUCACCAAGUCCCUGCAGGAGUGUGGUAUCCUCCAUAAAUCCGUGCUGGGCAUCUCCCAGGAAGAGGGGGAGGGAUGGCCCUGAGUCCACAGCACCAGGCUGGGGCCCCAGAUCUUCAAGCAAAGAGAAUGUUGGGGGGGAGGGUGGAAGCCUCCCACACAGCCUGGUUUCAAGUGCCACAUGAGCCCAGUGAAGCUCAGACCCUCAGGCCUUGUAUAGCAUGUCUGUGGAGACAGCAACACAGCUGCACACGGGCCGAGCCCCCUGGCAAACUCUCUUCUAGCCCCACAUUCCACCACAACAGCCACACAGAAGUUCUAUGGCUGUUCCUAGACAUGGCUACAGCCAGGACUUCUCCCUUCACCGCUGGCUCCUCCCAGAACUGGUUCCUUCCAGAGCACCUGCUGCCCUUGCAGUGAACUCUGGGUCUCUCUCGAAGCCAACACUUUGUUUCUCUGUAUAUGACAUGAGAUUAAACACUUCCCAGAGAGGAUUCUAGUCUAGUAAAUAACCAAGGUUUAGGAAUCAGGGAACUGACAUUGGUUUAUAAGAAACAGGCUGUUGAUCCUGUACAAAGAUCCUGUACAAAGGGAAGAAUCAUAUUCUGUUGUCAUAAACCCCCCAACACACCACACACACACACACACACACACACACACACAUACACACAGACACGCAUGCACCCACCCACGCACAUGCACACACGCAGUUCUAAAACAUCCUAGAGCUAGCCUGAACAAGUUGCCUCCACAGCCAUGGGCUAGCCACAGCUAUUUUUGAGUGGACUGACUAGGUUGGCGCUUCUUGGUAGUGCCUGACUACAGAAUUCUUCCAAAACGGAAGUAAAAUGUGCAAUCCUCUGUUGUUUUUUAAGAUGCACACAGCUACAAGUCUGUACAAGUGUGUGCUAACAACCCCUUGGCCUACCCGGGCAUAGAUAAUUUGUUUUAUUCCCCAAGUCUCGGUGUCUCACCCACUCCAAACAUGGAAGGGCUUUUGCACAACAUCAGUACACCCUGGGGUCUGAUGUCAGGCCCUCCAUGGAAAAAGGAAGGUGGCUCACUGGGGUCUCUCUUCUGUGCUCCUGUUGCAACCAUGCUAUGCAGCUGGCUGACUGGCAUGGAGUGCCCUGUCCCCCUUCCCCAGAGCAUCUGUCACAAGCGCUGGAGAGUCUUGUUUUUUCCUGUAGGGACACAGAUCAUUUGCCAAAGUUCUCUUGUAUUGUAGGUUCAGCCAGACACCCACAGCUCAUCUGCAUCCCUUUACCGCCAAAUUCCCAGUUGGAGUCGGGAACACAGAGACCUUUUAGGCACCUUGUCCCCCUUAGAGCACAGUCACUGCAUGGCCCUGGGUACUGGUACCUGCCCCUGCACCCUCAGUACACAGAUACGGCAGGGUUCAGGUGUUCCUGGAACAUCCUCUGAACAGAGACAUCUUGUGCACAGACAACACCAGCGGUUAGACACAUCCCUCCUGGUGCACUGCCCCUUGGUGAUGUCUAUGAUUACUGUGAACAGGCUGCCUCAUUCCCCCAAGCCACCUCCUGCACCACACAUAUCACUCUAGACUAGGAUACUCCUGGACAUCUGCGAGAUUUAUCAUCCUGCUUAGGUCAGUGGCUCCUUUGAUGGGACUGGCUUUGAUGUAGGCAGGCCCAUGCAGCUGGUCACCUUGUCUACGCAGUGACCAUGGCAGAAGGGACCAGUGGCUUGCACUUGAACUCCCCCAGUGCAGUUAUUUCCCUUGCCCCCAUGUGCACAGCUCUGCCUCUGAUCUAAGAGUCUAUAAAAGCCACACCUACUCUAUGGUAAGAAUAGGAUCCCACCCACCUUCAGCUUAGGGAUUCCAAGCUUUAGAAUGUCCCAGUGAGAAAUGUAACACACUUGAUGGAAUGAGAGACUCCUGGUCUUAGGGUUUUGCUGCUGCUGUCUGGCUUAGGAUUUUGGGGUGGUGGGAGAAAAGGGGGAGCAUGAAGCAUAGGAAUAUUUUAGGAUCUUUUAGGAGACAUGAUUAAAGCUAGAUUUGAGCCAUCAUAGUAAUCUCUCUUUUUCUCUUCUUAGACAAAAAAUAAUGAUACAAACAAUAAAAGCUGAUUUGUGUGAAA